AUGUUCUCACUAGCACGACCAACAGCCCUGCGGGGUAUGCGCACCCAGUUCCUGCCGUCGUCAAUCGCAGCUCGAUCGCCCCUCCAAUCCGCAGCCCUCGCGCGGCUCGCCUCCACCCUCGCCAUCCUCGAGCAGCGCGAAGGCGCCCUCAACACAAGCUCUUUGGGCGCCGUCACUGCUGGUAAGAAGAUCGGCGGCAGCGUUCAUGGCUUCAUAGCUGGCAAGAAUGUCAAGGGCGUGGCCGAAGAAGCUGCCAAGGUCGAUGGACUCGAAAAGGUCAUAAUGGUGGAAAACGAAGCCUACCAGCGCGGUUUGGCCGAGAACUGGGCGCCUCUACUCGUCGAGAACAUCAAGAAGGGCGGCUACACUCAUGUCAUCGUCGGCCACAGCGCCUUUGGCAAGAAUCUGCUUCCGCGGGUUGCGGCCUUGCUCGAUGUACAGCAGAUCUCCGACGUCAUGUCGGUGGAGAGUGAGGACACCUUUGUUCGACCAAUUUAUGCCGGCAACGCCAUCCUCACCGUCCAGUCGUCAGAUUCAUUAAAGCUGCUCACGGUGCGGCAAACGUCUUUCCCUCCCGCGGCAGUCGAGGGCGGUUCUGCCUCGAUUGAAGAGGGCACUGACCCCAAGGCUGAGCAACCGACCUCAUGGGUGUCGGAAAACCUGACCAAAUCCGACCGCCCCGAAUUAGCAACGGCAGCCAAGGUUGUGUCGGGCGGCCGUGGCCUAAAGUCUAAGGAAGAGUUUGAUCGUCUGAUGCCGCCUCUGGCCGACGCUCUAGGUGCGGCUAUUGGCGCUUCACGUGCCGCCGUGGACAGUGGCUUUGCCGACAACUCACUCCAGGUGGGCCAGACCGGCAAGAACGUGGCCCCGCAGCUGUAUCUGUGUGCUGGCAUUUCCGGUGCUAUCCAGCAUUUGGCUGGUAUGAAGGACAGCAAAGUUAUUGCUUGCAUCAACAAGGAUGCCGAUGCCCCCAUCUUCCAGGUGGCAGAUGUGGGAUUGGUGGGCGACUUGUUCGAGAAAGUGCCCGAACUGACCGAGAAGUUGAAGGCGCAGUGA